UCUCUCUCCAUGCGCUGGUCACACAAAUUCGCUCUUUCGCCAUUUGACAUAUUUCCGGUAAAUCAUGGCCGACACACAAGCCAAGCCCGCUGCCGCUCCCAAAGCUGCCCCUAAGGCCGCUAAGGCUCCAAAAGCCGUCGCCGCUAAGGCACCAAAAGCAGAGAAGGUAGCCGCGACUGAGUCAAAGGUAUCGGCUAAGAAAUACAAACGUCAUGGUCGUUUAUUUGCCAAGGCUGUGUUCACCGGUUACAAGCGUGGAUUGAGGAAUCAGCACGAGAACCAGGCGAUCCUAAAGAUUGAGGGUGCCCGUCGUAAGGAGCACGGUGAGUUCUACGUUGGCAAGCGUUGUGUUUAUGUAUACAAAGCUGAGACCAAGAAGUGCGUUCCCCAGCAUCCCGAGCGUAAGACUCGUGUCCGCGCAGUUUGGGGUAAGGUGACUCGCAUCCACGGCAAUACUGGCUCUGUGCGUGCCCGUUUCAACAGAAAUCUACCCGGUCAUGCCAUGGGGCACCGUGUUCGCAUCAUGCUGUAUCCUUCAAGGAUUUAAAUGAUUUAACAACUUGAGUUAAUGACCUGAGUGCAGCAGUUGAUAACAUCAUUAAACCGUUUUAAACUAAA